AUGUGCGGCACCGAAACCUCUCGACCAGUUCUCGGCGGCACGAUCGCUAUUCUGAAAUCACUCGGCGAAUCAACGUUACCUGACCUCUCACUUCUCUUCCACCAGACCGAGGCUUCGACCACAACAGCAACAUUUCAAUCUGCGCCUGAAGCUUCAACAGAUGCAGAGUUGAGAAGUUGUCAGAUUGUAAUCUUCCGCGAUGGAGAUCUCAGAGCUUCGGGCCCGAUGACAUCGAUAUUACACGCAUUCCCAUUGUCCGCGUUUACGACCGAAUCGUUCAGCUUGCCGAGGAAGCUGGACUUGGGCGUUGGAGGGGAAGGGAUCAUCGGGAGAAGAGUCGGGUUGGUGAAACAGACUCAGGUGCUGCGACAGGGCAUUAUUGGGUGGAAUUGA